AUGAUCUGUCUGUUACUCUGUUCCAAUGCCGCCAUAUUUAGGAGAUGUGGUUUCCCUCAGACAAGAUGGCAUGAGCUGGGACUGACACUAGGACUUCAUAAGGACUUACUAGACGCUAUUGAAAAGAAUCAUCCUGGUGAUAUAUCAAGAUGCUUGCUUGAAUGCCUCUCCAAGUGGUUGCGUAGAGCUGAUAAUGUUGACAAAAGUAAAGCUAAGGCUAUUGAUAUAUUUAACACUCAUCAUCCACUCCUCUCUCAGUCUCUCUCUGAUCCUGUCAGUGUAGCUAUUAUGCUUCAAAGAGAGGGUGUCAUAACAGGACAAGUAUUGGCUAGUGUAGCUUCAGCUAGUCCCUCUGUUCCUAAUCAACGUGAAGUCCUGUUAGCUGCCAUUAUAGUAGCUAUUGAAAGCAAGUAUAGUUUACUACAAACAUUUGCUAGUGUGUUGUGCAAGUUCACUGGUAAUGUAAAACUAGGAACAGUUAUACAAAGAGACUAUGACCAAUCCUUCAAUGAUAAUAAGAAGGUUAUUAAAGUUGUUAUUCCUGAUGAUGAUAUGAGCACUGAUACAUUAAGCACUGGAACAACUACACCAUCACCUACUCCACCUAAUACACCAACUGGUAGGUACAUU